ACGUUCUUACCCAACCCUUAAAAAAUAGCAUUGUUUAACUAUACAAGUGUUUUAUUUUGAGAUUGUUUCCUUUGUUUGUGUUUAUGUUUAAAUGCACAGUCAGGCGAGUCGUUGAAGGUGGGCUAAGAGGAUUAUAGUGGAAAAUUUUUUCAAAGCAUCGCAGCAUGGGUUAAUGACCUCAUAAAACCCCUACCUCACACGGAUUAUUAUUUUUUUUUCAAAAGAGAGUUUACUACAACAGAAUCAAAAUAAGUGUUGGAAUUCAAAUUGUGGACAACUGAUUAAAGCCUAAUCAUGGCUGACAGUAUUCUUACGACGAUCAGUAAUAUUACUAAUAUAACGGCUGAAGCCAUCAGUAAUUUAACGACCAAUGCAGAAGAAAUAAUUACAACGAUCCGUAAUUAUAUCAGUAAUUUUACUGAAGAAAUAAUACCAACGAUCAGUAAUUUUACUGAAGAAAUAAUACCGACGAUCAGUAAUUUUACAGCUGACGAUAUCGUGAGUUGGAGGGAGUUGUGGAUGAUGGCUCUAGGGUUUGAAGCUCCAGUCACGUAUUUUUCUUCCAUUAUCUCGUCCAUCUUCGUAUAUAUUCUGGUAUUACUAUUCUGCUUCAUCUUCUACCAGAUGUCGAGGGUGUUUUUACCUUGGUGUAUACAGGAAUACGUCUUAGAUUACUUCAAAACCUUGGCCUUCUGUACUUACUGUUUUGGACAUGGUGUGAUCAGGGAUGCCCAUGGGCAUCUUGGCUAUGUCUUUUGUUGUGUUCCACUGAGUACAAUUAGCAUCUUGAUUUUUCACCUUGGGGAUGGCACGCCAUUACAGGUAUGGCUGCAAUAUCUGAAGAGAAAAAUUCCACUCUGGAAAUUUGUAUUGAAAGUGACAGCUCAGAUCCUAGCUGGUUUUAGUUCCUGGGAACUAGGCCAUAUAGUUUAUAGACUGGAUUUUCACCACUCCUUUGAUGACCGAGUCAGUCAACAAGAGAACUGUGUGUCCGACCUGAAUACGUCCCCCCUCUCCGGCUUUAUCCUGGAGACUCUAGUCGUCACGUAUGAUUUCUGGUUGGACCAACAGACUCUCUCCAAAUAUGUGCCAAUAGACCUUGCUCUGAAGAUCUUCAAUUGUGCUGUACUUGUCUGUUUAGGCCUCAGUAAGACGGGGAUGUAUUUACACCCUGCCAUGGCGACAGGUCACACCUUGGGUUGCGGAUCCACAUCUAUCUGGUCCCAUAUAUUGGUCUACUGGAUAGGACCAUUCCUAGGGAUAAUCAUAGGAAUGAAACUUGCCAAAAAAUAUUCCUUGCCUUUCUACAAGAGACGGAAUCAUCAAAAGAAAGAAGACCAUGUCAUCAAGAACAGUGACAGUGGCAACCGUUUGUCUGAAAAAACAAUGAAUGGAGUUUCCGGCAGCGGUUUGUCUGAAAAAACAAUAAAUGGAGUUUCCAGAAACAAAGAGGCCUUUCGAAAGAGACUCGCUAGACAAUUAAGCUACCCUGACUUAGCAAAACACCCCAUGACGUGGAGAGAUGUCUGGGAAGUGGCAUUGGGGUUCGAACCCCCCGUCACCCAUUUCUCUGCUGCGAUCUCCGCAAUCAUCAUCUAUCUCCUGGCUCUGUUAUUCUGUUAUGUCUCUUACCAACUAGCAAAGGCAUUAAUGCCCGGGAUCGUACAAGAAUACGUCCUCGAUUUCUUUAAAACCUUGGCCUUCUGUACAUACUGUUUUGGGCAUGGGGUUAUAAGGAACGCACAUGGUCAUCUUGGAUAUGUUUUGUGCGUGGUGCCAUUGAAUACGGCUAGUGUGCUUAUAUUUAACAUAGGCGAUGGAACACCUCUAACUGUUUGGUCCAAGUAUCUUCGAGGUCUAAUUCCAAAAUGGAAAUUCAUCCUUAAAGUGUCUGCUCAAAUUCUUGCAGGGUUUUUCGCCUGGGAGCUUGGACAUUAUAUUUUAAGUCUGGAUUUUCAUUCGACUUUCUCUGAGAAAUUAAUUCAAAAAUCAAAUUGUAGUUCCGAUCUUAGAAUUGCUGCUUUAGGCGGAUUUGCUUUAGAAGGAAUUGGAGUUGCUUAUGAUUUCUGGAUGAACCAGCAGACGCUCUCUAAAUACAGACCUUUAGACAUAGCCCUGAAGUUUACCAAUACAGCACUGGUUGUAUGCAUAGGUGUGAAAAUGACUGGGAUGUAUAUACACCCAGCUUUAGCCACUGGACGAACCAUUGGUUGUGGAAACACCCCCAUCUUGUCUCACCUACUUGUUUACUGGGGCGGACCUUUUGUAGGAAUAUACUUAGGACUUAAGGCUAGCGAAUUCUUUUGUUUUUUCAACGAAUCGACUGAUAUUAAAGAAAAUGCUAAAAGUGUUCAGAGUGAUUCGCAUAACAGAAAAGUACAGUCAGGAAAAGUACGGCAAAGAAAGAAACAAACUGGAAAAGAAACGUGACACUGUUCAGAAAUCUUACAGAAUAAAUUUUAACAUUCUUA